GUUAAAAGUUAUAGCUAUUUUGAUUGCCGAUGACACAACUAAAUUGACUAGAAAUGUAUUUCAGUCACGCUAUUCUUCUGGUUCAUGUUGCAGUUUUGUCUGGAGCUGUUCAUUUAAAGAAAGAAGAAGUAGCAGAAACCAUAAAUGAACUGGAUACCAUUAAUGGAAGACAAUUACGCGAGAUAAAACAACACAGGCAAUUACAGGAUAAAGACGAAAGCUAUAUCAGCAAUGGUAAUGCCUUUCAAGGCAACAGACAACUUAAGGAAAAUUUACGGACACUUGAUCAAAAAAAGGGUUUCGAAGAGGGGUACAAACUUGAUAAUAUAACGGAUCUUGACCCUGAUUCGGAUUUGGCGUUUUUAUUGAAUGAAAUGAGUAUUGAUGACCACGGACAAAUACACCAGCCCAUUGGACGUAAUACCAAGAAUUCAACGAGAGCCAUCGCAGACAACUUAGAUUAUCAUCCAGACCCUCCUUCUGAUCCAUCUAAGAGAAAUUUUGCCCCAAAUAUCAAGUUGUGGCCGGGAAAAAUUGUUCCUUAUGAGAUUAAUUCAACGUUUACUGCUGACGAAAGAACAAAAAUUCUUAAUGCAAUAGCAGAUUUUAAUAGAAAAACAUGUGUACAGUGGAUUCCAUAUGACAGCAAUACACAUGAUCAUUACGUUUAUUUUAAUGAUGGAACCGGUUGCAAUUCGUAUGUUGGACAAAUCAGAUACAUUCCCCAAUAUGUAAAUUUGAAGAGAAGCAGCUGUUUAACGAAUGGAAUAAUUAUUCAUGAAAUGUUACAUGCCGUUGGUUCUUAUCAUGAAAUGUCUCGAAAGGACCGAGACAAUUAUAUGACUGUUGAGAUGAGUAAUAUCAUAGGAGGAACGGGAAAUGUAAACUACAAAUUACAACAAACAAGUGAUAUUUCUCCAUUUGACCCAGCAUCCGAUGUAAUGUAUAAUAUAUAUUCAUUCUCAACAAAUGGAGAUAAAACAGUACUAUUCCAUGACUGGAGACAAGAGUUCCUUGCAGGAACUGGUAAAACUCUAAGUUUCUAUGAUAUUGCUGAUGUUACUGCGGCUUAUGGAUGUACUGAUUCGUGUGUCUCACCACCUACCUGUCAGCACGGAGGAUUUGUUGAUAAAACUUGUUCAUGUGCUUGUCCUGGAGAUUUAAUUGGCACUGUUUGUCAACAACUUGAUCAAAGCAAUUUCGACUGCGGAGGUACUAUUAAUAUAUCAGGCGAUGAAACAUAUUUCCUGACGUCACCAAAUUACCCAUCGAAUUAUGAUCUCGAUAUGGAGUGUGCAUGGUUAAUACAGGGAGAUCCUGGAAACCAUAUAAGAGCAACUGUUACCGAUAUGGAUAUAAGCAAUAACGACAAUGCGUGUUAUCACUGGAUAGAAAUGGUUUAUGACCUUCUUGCCAACAAAGGUCCUAUGCGAUGUGGUACUACGGACCAUGAAGUCUGGGAUACAUCUUUCGACGGAGAAAUGAAUACAAUGAUCAUCAAAUUUGACAGCUUUACAGGAGGUGAUAAGGCUGCUUCCCGUGGUUUCAAUAUAACAUUAGAAUCAAUUGGAACAGGAUGUGAGAAUAACUCGUGUGUUCAUGGUUCAUGUUACAGUCCAAUGAACUCAAACAGUUAUACCUGUACAUGCAACCAGGGAUUUUCUGGAACCAACUGCGACGUACCCUCAGUGUAUUCAAUAUUCGAAUGUACUGCAGAGAUUGAUCAUUACUGUAUGUUUGUUCAAUCAACUGAUGAUGAUUUUAACUGGGGGAAAAAAUCAGGUCCAGGUUCGAAUAGUGUUCCUGGUGGUGCAAAAGAAGGAUUUGUAUAUUUAUAUACAAGGAGUACAUUGAAAACAAAGGGUCAAGAUGCAGUUAUGUCUACUGAGAUAUCUUUUCCAAAGGUCGAGCGAUGUUUGUCUUUCUGGUAUCAUAUGUACAGUUGGAUAGCAAAAUCAGAUAUUGGGACAAUACAGAUUACAAUGACUGACAGUACUGGUAUUGUAACGUCAUUGUUUAGCCGAUCGGGUAGUCAGAGCAGCAAAUGGUUACAAGCAAAAAUAGACAUACCAGCUGUUGACAAUUUGAAGAUUACAAUUAAAGGAACCAAUGGGUUUGGUAAGGUGAGAGAAAUGGCUCUAGAUGGUAUAUUCUUGGUUCCUGGUACCUGUGGAAGUCCUCUUUCAAAACCCGCUCAAACUACAACAACCACUAAAACUACACCGAACACAACAACAACUGCGACCACAACAGCCACUCCGACCACAACAGCCAUUUCGACUACGACAGCCACUCCGAGCACAACAACCACUCUGACUACGACAGCCACUCCGAGCACAAAAACAACUGCGACAACAACAGCCACUCCGAGCACAACAGCCACUUCGACUACGACAGCCACUCCGAGCACAACAACCACUCUGACCACAACAGCCACUCCAAGCACAACAACCACUGCGACCACAACAGCCACUCCGAGCACAAAAACCACUCUGACCACAACAGCCACUCCGAGCACAAAAACCACUGCGACCACAACAGCCACUCCGAGCACAAAAACCACUCUGACCACAACAGCCACUCCGAGCACAACAACCACUCUGACCACAACAGCCACUCCGAGCACAAAAACCACUCUGACUACAACAGCCACUCCGAGCACAAAAACUACUCUGACCACAACAGCCACUCCGAGCACAAAAACCACUCUGACUACAACAGCCACUCCGAGCACAAAAACCACUGCGACCACAACAGCCACUCCGAGCACAAAAAACACUCUGACCACAACAGCCACUCCGAGCACAAAAACCACUGCGAUCACAACAGCCACUCCGAGCACAAAAACCACUCUGACCACAACAGCCACUCCGAGCACAACAACCACUGCGACCACAACAGCCACUCCGAGCACAAAAACCACUGUGACCACAACAGCCACUCCGAGCACAAAAACCACUCUGACCACAACAGCCACUUCGAGCACAAAAACCACUCUGACCACAACAGCCACUCCGAGCACAAAAACCACUGCGACCACAACAACUACUCCGACCACAACGACAACUGGUCCUUCGAGUACCAAAGUUAUUGAAUGUGGAUUUGAACAAGGACAAACAUGUGCAUUCGCAAAUACUAAUGGCGACGACUUCGACUGGACUUUAGAUAAAUCGGGAUCAACAUCUACCCCAAACACUGGUCCUUCGGCUGCACACAGUGGUAACCAAUAUGCCUAUAUUGAGGUAAAUGGUCAAGGACAGGACUCUUACGCAUUUUUGAGCUCAACGAAUACUAAACUGUCCUCCUCUUCGUAUUGCCUUAGAUUUUGUUAUCACAUGUAUGGUCAACAUAUCGGAUAUCUAGCAGUGUACUCACAAAACCGCAACUCGGGCUGGUGGUCCAAACCUUGGACUCGGUCCGGAAAUCAAGGAAAUCAAUGGAUACAAGCUAGUGUGACUAUUACUACUAGUAAGAAACCGUCAGACAUUGUUAUUGAUAUCGAGGCUUCGAAAGGAAGUUCUGGUAAUUUCGGUGACAUUGCCAUUGAUGAUAUAACAUUGAGUACCGGUUCCUGUUAGCUUGUUACACUUCUUCAUAUUCAUGAAUUCAUGAUAUUGUGUGAACUGACGUUAUUAUUUUUUUUUUAAAUCUGUUCUAGAAAUGUACCUGAUAGUCCAGUUUAUAUAGCCCGACAUUCUUCUUUCUUAUCGGAUUAUGUAUUAUACAUGGUAUACUAAAAACCAUUUAUAGUAACAUCAAACAGUGUUUUCAGUAUUUAAUGACAUUUUUCUUUGUGCAUCUAUUUUUUA